AUGAGCCUUUCCGUAGAGCAGCAGGCUCGCGCUGCAAGAGCAUAUGUAGAUCGACAGCUCGCCUCUAUCGAUGAAGGAAAAGAGCUGCUGGAAGAUAAAGGCUAUACAGACCGCCUUGACUACAACUUCGUCACCAUCUUCGCCCUGUUCGCCGAGCUCUACGGCUACCGCCAUGACUGCCUGGAUAAGCUGUUCGACCUCAUGCUGCUGUGCGGCCGCAGCUGGCGGGACAGGGACCCAGAACUUAAGAAGCUCGACAAGAUGCGUGAGCUCAAUCCGGACUGGUAUAUGUCGAAUGACAUGCUCGGUGGAGUGUGCUAUGUCGACCGUUACGCGAACGAUAUCAAUGGCAUCCGCGCCAAGAUACCAUACUUCAAGGAGCUUGGGUUGACGUAUCUGCAUCUGAUGCCUCUUUUCAAGGCACCUGAGCCGAAUUCAGACGGAGGUUAUGCCGUUUCAAGCUACCGGGAAGUAAACCCAAAGCUGGGGACCAUGGACGAUCUGAAAACCCUGGCAAAGGAGCUCAGAGCGGCGGGCAUCAGUCUCGUAGUCGAUUUAGUGUUCAAUCACACUUCGAACGAGCACGAGUGGGCAAAGAAAGCGCUGGCCAAAGAUUCGUACUACGAAGCAUUCUACUGGAUUUUCCCAGACCGAAACGUGCCAUCGGCUUUCGAGAGAACGACGCGUGAGAUCUUCCCAGACGACCACCCCGGCUCAUUCAUCCAGCUCCCCGACGGCCGCUUCAUCUGGUCCACCUUCUACCACUUCCAAUGGGACCUCAACUACUCCAACCCCAACGUCUUCCUCGCCAUGGCAGGAGAAAUGCUCUAUCUGGCCAACAUAGGCAUCGACUUCUUCCGCAUGGACGCCGUAGCCUUUAUCUGGAAGCGCAUGGGAACUACUUGCGAGUCCCUCCCCGAAGCCCACAAGCUCCUCCGCGCCUUCAACGCCGUAUGCCGCAUCGCCUGUCCCUCCGUUCUCUUCAAAUCCGAAGCAAUCGUGCAUCCGGAUGAAGUAGUCUCCUACAUCGACAGCUACGAGUGCCAGCUCUCGUACAACCCGCUGCAGAUGGCAUUGACCUGGGAGGCGCUCGCAACCCGCGAUGCAAGCAUGCUCUCUCAGGCCCUCGAGCGCCGCCACAACAUCAACCGCGGGUGCGCGUGGGUCAACUACGUGCGCUCCCACGACGACAUCGGAUGGACAUUCGCGGACGAGGACGCGGCUGAGCUCGGGAAGAAGGGGUUCGACCACCGUCGCUUCCUGAACGCGUUUUACGUGAACCGCCAUCCCGGCUCCUUCGCGCGCGGCGUGCCGUUCCAGGACAACCCCAAGACGGGCGACUGCCGCAUCUCCGGCACCUGUGCGUCGCUCGCCGGGCUCGAGAGCGGCCAGAUCGGCGCGCUGGAGCGCAUCCUGCUCGCCUACAGCAUCGCGAUGAGCACGGGCGGGAUCCCGCUGAUCUACCUCGGCGACGAGGUCGGCCAGCUCAACGACUACAGCUACAUCAACGAUCCGGCCAAGAUGGACGACAGCCGCUGGGUCAACCGGCCCGCGUACCCGGAACAGCGGUACAAGCAGCGCGAGGAUCCGGAGACCAUCCCGGGGAAGCUGUACGCAGGGUUUCAGCACCUGAUCAAGCUGCGGAAGUCGACUGAGGAGCUGGCGGGUGGCAGGGCGGUCGGGUUCUUCACGGGGAAUCAUCAUGUGCUUGGGUAUCAGAGGCCCGGGCUUCACGGGACGGUGCUGUGUUUGGCGAAUUUUGCGGACGAUCCGGAGUGGGUCGGCAAAGACAGAUUCAUAGCGUUUCCGGCUGAGGCGAAGGAUUUGAUCAGUGGGUAUAUGAUCAAUCUGAGGGAGGGGAUCCAGUUGAGAGCCCACCAGUACGUUUGGUUAAAGUACUAG